ACAGUAAGUCAUUCCGUUGAAAACUUUACUGAUUGAUGUGUUGUAAGCCUGUUGCUGCGACAAGAUGAUCUUUGCUGCUUAUUGGGCAUUUCUGUUAGUUUCUGUGAUUCUGCGCUGUCAAUUGAUCCCAGCACAAACGACAUGGGUUUGGAAUAAUCCACAGGUUGAUUUCAGUUGCGACUUCGAAAGCACUUGUUACUAUGACAUAUCGCAAGAUCGGAAUGAUGAUUUUGAUUGGUCAAGGAACUACUACAGUCCACCUGUAUGGACAAAUAGAGAUUAUAACAUGUACAUUAAUGAACGAAACAAACGUCCUGGACAGGUCGCUCGCUUUAAAACUCCGGUAAUCUCACCGUCAUACAUAUGGUGGUCAUCCUCUUACCGGUACUGCAUACAAUUUUCUUACAUCAUAAUGGGACCAUAUGUCGGUCAGCUUGAGGUGAUUACAGAGAACGAGUCACACGGUGUCGGUGACCCCAUUUGGAUUUCAUCGGGAUUACAAGGACCUUACUGGAACACAGAAUAUAUUAACUAUCAAACAGCAGAUUCAUUUAGG